AUGGGAUUCCGUAAGAAGGGGGAAGAAACACCGCCGGGACAGCGCAUAAAUCCCAUUUUCAACUUCUCAAAUGACAUCCAGAUAAUCCUGCCCUCAAAAUCCACCGUCGUUCAAGAACCAAUCAGCACCUUUAAAAGAGAUUCAUGCCAAAACAUUUUAUACCGGACGUCCAAUUCCGAGUAUGGGUCCAUGCCCCCCAGUGAAAUUCAUAUUCCGGAAGUAUUUCGCACCAAAGAUAAUAGUUUUACAAAGGGAAGGCCCUCUGAGAGGCGUUGCACUUUGCACUCCAUGAACACAGAACUGGAUUCCAAGGAGUUGAAAAUCAACUCCGUAUCCAUCUCGGACGGAUGA